ACUUGGUCGUCGAACAUGGAGCACAUCACAGCCCUCGUCUUGCUGCUGGUCGGGACCUGUGCCCUAGGGGGCGCCUCCCUCGAGCCACCCUCCUACAUAGAAUCAUGCGCUAUAAACGACCCGAAACUAGGCGAGUGUGAGAAGAACAAAACCAACGAAGCGAUUCCUCAGUUGGUUAAAGGUGACCCCAAGUACAAUAUUCCUGUACUUGAUCCUCUUAUGGUGAAGGAGCUUCGUCUGGGAGACGGCUUCGUAGCGAUGACAUUCACCAACAUGACCAUCAGAGGGUUCGGCAGCUCCAAGGUAGUCAAGAGGGAGCACGACAUCCUACUCAGGCGAGUGUACGCAGAUCUCUCUGUCCCACAGUUGGUCGUCGAUUGUGAAUACGAAAUAAGCGGCAGUUUGCUGAAUCACCUCAUAGUCGGUCGUGGAAACAGCAACUCAACUAUCGAUGACCUGAAAAUUAAAUAUAUAAUGGAUUACGAUUUGAUUCAGAAGGUAGAUGGGAAGGUCUACAUUAUAAAGAAAGAUAGUCAAACGUUUUUUGACAUCACAGGCGGUAAAAUUUAUUUGAGUGAUUUGUUCGACGGAAACAAGGAACUAGGUGAAAGUGUAAACAAAUUUUUAAACGAUCACUUUGUAGCAGUUUUCCAACAAGUGGCUGCUCCCAUUGGACUCAAAAUGGUUAACAUAAUUGAGGAUGUCCAAAACCAACUUUUCAACCUCAUCCCGUUCAGUGAUUUGUAUUCUUAAUCAUCUGUCAAAUAACAAAUAUACUUAAGUGCAGAAACCGUGUUACCAGAACAGUUCCAGUGCCAGAUAACCUCUUCUCUUCCUGUUCGGGAGAAACCACCAGAUAUUAACAACCUCUGCUGAGCACGGCCAGUAGGCGCUCUUCCUGGCGCGUGACUCGCCUGCUCGCUUCGGCCAUCCGAGAGACUGACUGCUGUUGCCGCUGACUGCUGCUUGCUGGACUGUCUCUGGAGAUGUUGCCGCGGCCGCUUUGUGGAUGACUGCGAACAGUUUGUCAUCAAGCUGACGACGAGGAACACAGAACUUCCGUUGUCAACUGGUAUAAUUUAGAGGCGGCGAACUUCUAUGCAGAGGGUUAAAAAAAAACUGAUGCAGCGUUACGAAAAGUGCUUAUAACUGAGUGGUGAUUAUUCGGAAAAAGAAGUAGAUAUGUAGUAAACUAAAAUUGUUUCACGAGUUUGUUAUUUUUAAAUAUAUAAAUACUUGAAACCAAAAUUUAACAAUGGUUGGGCUGUAUUAUGGUUUUUUAUCAGACUAGGUCAAAAUAAAUUUAAUUUCUGGUUGGGACAAUUUAAUGUUGUAAAUUGUUUUGUUAUUUUUUUAUAAAGUGUUCAUGAGACACAAAACACUAAUUACUGUGUAAACAGAUGUAUCUCCAGAUUGGUACUCACAUAGGAUUAGAAAAUGUUAUUGACUUAACAUGAAUUCUGUGAAAUUGUCAAAGUUAACUCAUACAUGUAAUGGGUUUACCAAGGCGCUAAAAUAAAUAUCUAAACGAAA